AUGAAAUCUUUUGAGGAUGCAGUGUAUGUUAGUGUUGAGAAGGAUUACACGAAGAAGAGAACAAAGCACUUAAUGACUAAUAUUGAUAAAGGGAAAGUAACUCUUAUUGUCAAUAAGGACUGUUUGAAAGAAGCACUUGAGACUAGAGAACGUUUUGGCACUUAUAAGGAGAAAUCCCUUCAAGUGCACUCAGAACUUAAUCGACUGAUAAUUGCAAAGAAGGUUAGAAAGGAAGUUGAAGCAUUUGUAGAGCAAGCAAGAUUCACAAAGGAAGCCAUUGCUAAAGCAAGAGCAAAGCAUGCUGCUCAACAUGCUGGAACAUCAAGUGCUCCAACUGGUACCCCCACUAGUGUAAAGACGAGCUGGAAAAGGAAAGGUAAGAUUGUUGAACCUCAUGCUGCACCGGUUAAGAUUGGUAAAAGGAAAAAGCAACAAGCACAUAAACCGGUAGAUACUGAUGAAGAAGUGACUGAGUCUGAAGGAGAGAAGAAAGCCCUAAGGGCUAGUGGCAAAAGGUCAAAGGGUGUUGGUACUUCUACUGUGAAAUAUUUGAGGAAACUGGUAACAAAGCUCACACCUCUUGAAAAUUUAAUGAUGAAUAUUAAAGAGUAUGGUUUAUUGACUGCUACUAAGGUAGAGCUAGAUGAAAUUCUUUCUAAGGCAAAGGCAUCUUUCGGGUUGAAGAAAAGGUUGACAAGAAUUUUAAUCGGAGAGACCCAAUCAGUCCAUGAGGAGACUAAACAAAUUUUGAAGAAGGUACUGGGUCUGAUUCUAGAUGAAGAGGAAGAAGUUAAGGAAGUUGAACUAGGGAAGUUUGAGGCUGAAGAUCUUUUUGAUGGCUUUAAGAUAACUGAUUUUAAGCUUGAUGAUCAGCCAGGAAACACACAAACUGAACUUGAGAUUAUACAUGAUGAUGAUGAUACCGGUAAUAAUGAUGAUGCUGAUGCUACUGACAAUGUAAAUGUACAGGAUGUUGAUACUCAAAUGUUUGAGCAACAUGAACAGGAACAUGGACAGAGAGAAAAGAAAAAUGAAGAAGAAAACAAGGAUGAGGAGCCACCGAUAGCUACUCAAACUAUUGAUACACAUCCCCCACUGGUAUAG